CAAGUCACAGGUAGAGCUAGACACACGCAGACCGAAGGGAGUAAGGUAGCUGGAGAUCCGUCGGGAACGAUCCUCCGCGGGCUGCCAUGGCUCCGUCGUCGCUGCGCACGGCCGCGGCCUUCCUCUUCGUGCUCCUCGUCGUGGCAUCGCCGCCGUUCCUGCCGCAACUGCAAGCGGCAAGGACGACGCCGAACGACGACGGCCAGCAGGGACAGCAGCAGCAGCUGGUGCCCGCCACGACGGUGAUUGGCAGCUCAUCGACACCGGCCGCCAGGCCUGCGCUUCUGACGCCGCCACCGCCGGCGGCGGCCGCCACCAUUACGGCGGCUGGCCGCAGCCGGCUGCUCGGCUCCGUGCCGAGCCCCGGCGUCGGCCACUAGCUAGCUCCGGAGCCCAGACGCCGCCGAUGCUCCCGACCCCCCUUCGCAGUAGCGUAAUACUGACCAUGCGUGUUGCUGCUAAUUUUCCUAGUUCCGGUUUCAGCACGAGAGAUCUCCAGUUCUCCACAUACUACAUGUGGAUCAGAGUUUCAGACAAAGAGUUCUAUAUGUUAAUUUAUUAUAUGCAUAUAUAUGUUAAACUGGAUUUUUUUUUAAACUACGUCGCUGUCUAGCUGCUGAA